UCUAAAUUUCUCACUCUUCACUCCGCUCGGAAACUGCAAGGAAAACAAAGGCCUCGAGGCAAAGAUACAAAAAUACAAAAACCAUGGCUCAAUCCUCCGACGUCUUCGUCGUCGUCCCCAUUGAAAUGGACCCAUCCACCAAAGCUAUCCAAGCUCUCUCCUCCUCAAAUGACCCCCUCCUCACCCGGGAACUGGAAGCCCUCAACAAUCUCCACCAAAAUUUAAAAUCCGCUCCCGGGAUCACCAACGGUAUCCCACCUCCACCCACCUCCGUCGGGCCCAAACUAUCCACCCAAAUCGAACGCAUGCGCCAAACCGGCAACAAUGCCUUCCGCAAACAAAACUAUGCCGAAGCGGUCGACCUCUACACACUCGCCAUCUCUAUGGCACUCAGGCGCCCUCCUUGGGAACCCAGUGCGCUGUUGAGGGAGGAGUUACAGCAGCUAUAUGCGAACCGUGCCCAGGCGCAUAUCAGCAUUAAUAACUGGCCCGAAGCACUCGCGGAUGUGAACGCUAGUAUCGAUUUCAAGCGGGUGGGGAAUCCGAAGGCGCAUUGGAGGAAGGGAAGGUGCUUGAAGGAAAUGGGGAGGUAUGAGGAGGCGAAGGAAGCGUUAGAGUUUGGGUUAGAAUUUGGGAAUGAUCCUGAAUUGGCGAAUAUGCUGAAGGAGGUUAAUGAAGCUCUUAGCAAGAGAAAGUUGUAGUGGUACUUUGCUUUUGAAGACGGCCGCCCGGUUAGUGGUAUGUUCGGAUGGAUUCCGAAGAUCUGUCUGUCUUUUUUUUUUUUUUUUGAUGCUUGAUGAGCUUUCCAGAGCUUGUCUACGUGAGCUGGGGGGGGGGUUUACAAUUUCAUGCAUUUGUAUGAUAGUUUCAGUUCAAGGCGUUUAAAUUAUUACCACUCAAAUACAAGCACUGAUGGUGCCAGGU